CAUCUAUGUAAAUAAAUUUUUACAGAAAUCAAAUCCCGCUUUUAAAGAUAAUCAAAGAUGAGUUUUGCAGCACCUCAGCGUAUAAUUGCUGAAGGAGAUAUAGUGAUAUUGUACAUCUCAAUCAAUAAUAUGCAUGCAAUCGAAGUUAAGAAACAAAUCAUGAAUAAGCAUGGAAUUUUAGUUGAAUACACACAUCAGACAACUUACGGUGCAUUGAAGGUUGAAAAUUUAAUCGGCAAAGAAUAUGGAGGGAAAGUAGAAUUAUCAAGAGGAUAUGCUUAUGUGUUGCAACCAAAUCCUGAAUUGUGGACUAAUAAUUUACCACACCGAACACAAAUAUUGUAUACACCCGACAUUUCAAUGAUUCUCUUACAAUUAGAAGCAAAACCAGGAUCAAUAAUCAUUGAAGCAGGAACUGGCUCCGGAUCUUUAUCACAUUAUUUUCUUCGCGCCAUCAAAGAGACUGGACAUUUAUAUACUUUUGAUUUUCAUGAGAGUCGAGUGGAACAAGCGAAAGAAGAGUUUAAGAAACAUGGACUAGGAGACUUUGUUACUGUGCAACAUCGUGAUGUUUGUAGCGAUGGAUUCACAGAAGAGUUGACCGGUGUAGCCGAUGCCGUAUUUUUAGAUCUUCCAGCUCCUUAUCUCGCAAUUGGACAUGUUGUGAAAGCAUUAAAACUAAAUGGAGGAAGAUUUUGUGGUUUCUCACCUUGUAUUGAACAAACACAAGCAACAUGUGUAGAGUUGGAGAAAAAUGGUUUUCUUGAAAUUCAGACUAUGGAAAUUAUUCAAUCAGAGCACAUUGUCAAAGACAAACAUAUUCCUGUAAUAGACUUGGAAUUCGUUAAGACAAAGAGAGAAGAUGACAUUCUUCAAACUGCAAAAGAUCAAAAGAAACAACCUGGAAAAACAAAGAAAGUGCUAACAACAAUUCCACCUCCGAUGCAACCAGGACAUAGCGGAUAUUUAACUUUUGCUACGUUACCACCAUUAUCAAUGAGAUAAUUAAAAAAAAAAAAUUUUAAUUAAAUAGAAUAAAAUUUAAUGAGAACAUUUUUCU